GCUGAGUUAGUUUAGUUGCAGAUGCAGGCUGUGGACAGCAUGGACUACAGCCUGGAUGUGGGUUCAUGGUGGAUUUGGGUAAUGGAGCCAUGAAGUCUGGCUGGCAAGGUGCACAGAAGGUGGAGGGCAGGAGGAGAGGCUGUGAGAAGAAUCCACAGCAUCAGGAAGGGCCAGAGAGGCAUGAGAUGGUCCUGGAGGGUCCUUGCAGAGCAGUGAUGGGAAUGGGGUGCAUGUUGGGGGUGUGCUGGAGGAGAGACCCUGGAGGCAGGGGGACCAGAGGAGGGGAAAUGGUGGAUAGGAAGACGGGCAGGGUGGCUGGAAGUUGGAGGGUGGGGUAUGAUGCAGGGGAGGGAAUGGCAAGUGCAGUGGGAACAAGGGCACAGAGGAGAGGUGGGAUGGAGCCUCAGUGUGGAGAGGCCACAAAGAGACGUGAAGGCUCAGUGCUGGAAGAGGCCCAGAGAGCUGGCCUGAGGUGCCCAGUACGGACAGCUGGGUGGGCAUUGUUAGCGCUACCACCUAAAGGACCAUGGGGGUCUCUUGCUGCUCCCUGCCCGGGUGGCUCCUCUCAGUAGCAGCCGUAUGCAGGUGGGAGAUGGAGGAGGCAGGUGCCUGGAGGCCAGCAAGAGCCUCCACCAGCUUUUGGUCAGCCUUGGGGACUUUUUUGGGAGAGGUGCCUGCGCAUUGGCAAGCGGGUGGAAGCUGGCAAGGACCAGACCCUUGGCUACUUGGAGAAUGUGGUGUUGGAGGCCCACGAGUCACACAGGCAGGGUGGAGUGGGGAUUUGCGGGAGAGCCGAGGCGCCAGCAUUGGGCCAGCCAGAGCCCUUCCACCGGACAACAGUCCUCAGAGGCAGGAUGCCAUGAGCCCCAGAGGCUCAGGGAGGGAAACCCACUUCUCCAGGGAGCCUUCCCAGGGUGCCUUGGGGCAUUGGGACCUGGACUCAGGUGUUUGGGUGAUGCCAAGACCCUCCUUGAUUCAGGGUUGUACCUUGAUUUGGGGUUGUACUGAUAGACCGUGCUGCGGCUGGGGACACUGAGGCCCGGAAGGGGCGCUCGGUGCUGAGUGACGCGACGGGGGGCGGGCCCAGGGUCCUUACCUGCCCGCCUCCGCCCGCGAGGGGCGGAGCCGGCGGCCGCGGGGCUUGGAGCUUGGGGCUUGGGGCGAGGCGGGCAUGGCGGGCUCCGGGUCUCGGGCGCGCUGCUGGGGCCGUCGGGACCCGGGGGCAGGGGAUGAGGCGGCGGCCGGAGGAGGCGGCGCAGGGCUGUGUCGGUGCGCGCAGGGGAGGCGGGCGCGGGCAGCCUCUGGGAAGCCGGCGGUGUCUGCCGCGUGGACAUCCUUUAUGGCGGCUGAGGAGAUGCACUGGCCUGUUCCCAUGAAGGCCAUUGGUGCCCAGAACCUGCUCACCAUGCCUGGGGGUGUGGCCAAGGCUGGCUACCUGCACAAGAAGGGUGGUACCCAGCUGCAGCUGCUUAAAUGGCCCCUACGCUUUGUCAUCAUCCACAAGCGAUGCAUCUACUACUUCAAGAGCAGCACGUCUGCCUCCCCGCAGGGCGCCUUCUCGCUGAGCGGCUAUAACCGGGUGAUGCGGGCAGCCGAGGAGACGACGUCCAACAAUGUUUUCCCCUUCAAGAUCGUCCACAUCAGCAAGAAGCACCGCACGUGGUUCUUCUCAGCCUCCUCUGAGGAUGAGCGCAAGAGCUGGAUGGCCAUGCUGCGCAGGGAGAUUGGCCACUUCCAUGAGAAGAAAGAGCUGCUCCUGGACACCAGCGACUCCAGCUCUGACACAGAUAGCUUCUAUGGUGCAGUUGAGCGACCUGUGGACAUCAGCCUCUCUCCGUACCCAACAGACAACGAAGACUACGAACAUGAUGAUGAGGAUGACUCCUACUUGGAGCCUGACUCUCCGGAGCCCACAAAGCCCGAGGAUGCCCUGAUCCACCCACCAGCCUACCCACCACCCCCAGUGCCUGUGCCAAGGAAGCCAGCAUUCUCCGACAUGCCCCGUGCCCACUCCUUCACCUCUAAGGGCCCUAGCCCCUUGCUGCCACCUACACCCCCUAAGCAUGGCCUCCCAGAUGCCAGCCUGGCUUCUGAGGACUCCAAGAGGGACCCACUGGGCCUGAGGCGGGCCGAACCUGCACUCAGGGUGCCUGUGACCUCCCGAAGGAUGAGUGACCCCCCGCUGGGCAGCGUGCCUGCUACUCCUGGCCUUCGGAAGUCCCCUUGCAUCCGAGAGAAUGCCAGCCCCAGCCUGGAGCCCUGGAACCCUGGCCACGGGGUUAACUCUGCCUCCAGUUCUGCCACCAUGGCUGUUGCCACCUCUAGGAACUGUGACAAACUCAAAUGUUUCCACUUGUCUCCCCGGGGGGUACCCACAUCUGAGCCCCCACCUGUGCCAGCCAACAAGCCCAAGUUCCUGAAGACAAGUGAAGAGGACCCCCCACGGGACAUGCCAAAGCCUGGACUCUUUGUGCCCCCGGUGGCCCCCAGGCUUCCUGCUUUGAAGCUGACCAUGCCUGAGACCACAGCUCGGCCCUCAGUCCUGCCCAGGCCUGAGAAGCCACCCCUCCCCUAUCUCCAGCGAUCACCCCCUGAUGGGCAGAGUUUCAGGAACUUCUCCUUUGAAAAGCCCCGGCAACCCUCACAGGCUGACCUGAGUGAGGAGGACUCGGACUCAGACUAUGAGAAGGUGCCACUGCCUAGCUCAGUCUUCAUCAACACCACGGAAUCCUGUGAAGUGGAAAGGCUAUUCAAAACCACGAGCCCCCGGGGAGAGCCGCCAGAUGGACUCUACUGCAUUCGGAACUCCUCCACCAAGUCGGGGAAGGUUCUGGUUGUGUGGGAUGAGACCUCCAACAAAGUGAGGAACUACCGCAUCUUUGAGAAGGACUCGAAAUUCUACCUGGAGGGUGAGGUCCUGUUUGUGAGUGUGGGCAGCCUGGUGGAGCACUACCAUACCCAUGUGCUGCCCAGCCACCAGAGCCUGCUGCUGCGGCGCCCCUAUGGGUACACCGGGCCCAGGUGACACCUGCCCCAUGUGGCUGCCAGGCAGAGACAGUCACGGGGGCUAUGACAUCAGGCCAUGCAGACGGCAAUGCGCCAGCAUAGGAGGAUGAGCAGGAGUGAGGGCUUGCCCCAAGGCCUCUCCGAUGGACACUAUGGAAUGUACUGGAACUCAUGUAGCAGGCUGAGUCCCCACAGCUGGACCAGGCUGCAGGUUCCAGAGGGCCAGUGGACUUUUACAUCACGCGGCCUUGCCCUCAAGGAACUCAGGACCCAACCUGGGCUCUCAGGACAAGAGUCUGGUUCCCCUGGCACACCUACCAUGUCCUGGGCUGAGGUAGUUGGGUGGGGCAGGGGCUGGCCGAGGACCAGGUAUGCUGGGUGGGAGUGCUGAGACGCAGGAUCCAGUUGGGGCUGUUGCUUCCCAAUAAAGCAGAGAUGAUCUCUGCCUGGGUAUCCAAGCUUGAUUAGGAAGGAGGGGGACCAGCUUCACUGAGCAGCCAUGCUGAUGCUCAGGUACUGACCGCAAUAGUUCACAGGGACCCUACAGGUGGCUGUCCUGUCUUCAGGGCAUGGGCAGCUGACCAACUUGCACAAUGAGUUGCAGAUAAGAACCUAAACCUGGGCAGUCUGGGCUCUGAGCCCAUGCUUCAAACUCCCAGGGCAGGCCCAGGCUAACGGGGCUGCAGAGCUAACACCCUGUGUUCACAAUUGGUUCAUUCAUUGAAUUAAUAAAGGGUUAUUGAGCA